UCAAAAUGGACUCCGCACCCGCCCCCAUUAGUCAAGCUUCUCGUGAUCCAUUAAUUGGUCCUUCUGAAUCGUUAUCAAAUAUUCCGAAUGCCUUUGCCCAAAUGAUGCACGGUACGCCUACGGAGCAACGGAAGGGCAUACGAGAUCGGUGCAAUCGACUAGUGCCAACUUAUAAUCGAAACUAUAACCCUUAUAAGCCCCCUCCCGAAGAUAGACGCCCUGAUUACUUUCCAUAUACUUCAGGAGAGCCUUUGCACGAUGAUCGCCCGAUUAUAAUUGCAUGGCUUCCAAGAAAACACGUUAUUGCAGGUGCUAGUAAGAGGAAAAGGACUACUUGGGUCUGGCAGCUUGGAUACGCUCUUACAGAUACAAGUAAAAAAGAUGAGCCUACUAUAUGGGCAUGCAAGCUUUGUAUGCCCUUUUUAUUAUUAUAUUAUGGAUAUAUGCUUAUUAAUUUUCCAGGCCACCAUAAUACUGAAUUUUCCAAAGGCCGGGAAUGGUACUAUAAUAGUAACUCUCUCAAAAAUACCGAAAAUCAC